UGACCACUUCCGGUCUAGCUAGCAAGCUUAGCGUGGCGGCGAGAGUUUAAGGAGAUUUCCAUGCCUUGAAUUGGCUUCCUGCUCUUUUCAGGCUGCUGUGAUGUCAUCUUCAGAGUCCAAGCCCCCCACUCCAACCCAGGGAGACUCGUACAAGGGCUGGCUCUUCAAGUGGACCAACUACAUCAAAGGUUACCAGAGACGCUGGUUCGUCCUUAACAACGGGCUGCUCUCAUAUUACCGGAGCCAAGCCGAGAUGGGCCACACGUGCCGCGGCACCAUCAACCUGGCCACGGCUAACAUCGUUGUGGAGGACUCGUGCAGCUUCGUCAUCUCCAACGGGGGCGCGCAGACGUACCACCUGAAGGCCAGCUCGGAGGUGGAGCGCCAGCGCUGGAUUACCGCCCUGGAGCUGGCCAAAACAAAAGCCUUUCCCUCGCCGGAUCUAUCCGACGAGUCGGGCAGCAUGGAAAUUCAGUCGACCCUGCGCACGCUCAACGGCAAAGUGGAGGACCUCAACACCUGCAACGAUCUUAUCGUCAAGCACGGAUCAGCCCUGCAAAGAUCUUUGUCAGAACUGGAGGGCAUUCACGCCGCAGCGGACAUGAGCGAGAAGAUCAGACAAGUCACCGAGAGGGCCACGCUCUUCCGAAUCACUUCCAACGCAAUGAUCAACGCGUGCCGAGACUUCCUGGCCGUGGCUCAGAACCACAGCAAGCGCUGGCAGAAGUCUUUUCAGCUGGAGAGGGCGCAGAGGAUCCGCUUGGAGGAGAUGCUGGAGCAGCUGGCCAAGCAGCACAACCACCUGGAGCGAGCUUUCAGGGGAGCCACCGUGCUGCCGCCGUCGCACGACGACAUGGACGGAGGAAGCAAAGGCGGAUUGUCGGGAAAGGGGGACGCCAGCGACGAGGAUGACGACAACGAGUUUUUUGAUGCCAUGGAGUUCAUCACCGUUCCCGCGGACCCCAAAUAUCACAGGAGAUCUAGCAGCAACGCAAGCAGGCUGAGCAACGAGACCAGCGCGGACGACCUGUCGUUUGACGAGCUGUCGCUGGCGUCCAGCCCGGAGUCCCCGCCGCCUCUGAAGCCGGAACUGGUCAAGCGACGGCGGACGUGCAUCCCGGAGAAGCCCAACUACUACCUCAACCUGUGGAGCAUCAUGAAAAACUGCAUCGGCAAGGAGCUCUCCAAGAUACCAAUGCCCGUGAAUUUCAACGAGCCGCUGUCCAUGCUGCAACGCCUGUCCGAGGAUCUGGAGUACUACGAGCUGCUGGACAAGGCGGCCAAGUGUUCGAGCUCGCUGGAGCAGAUGUGCUACGUGGCCGCCUUCACCGUGUCGUCCUACUCCACCACCGUCCAGCGCACCGGCAAGCCCUUCAACCCUCUGCUGGGGGAAACCUUCGAGCUGGAUCGCCUGCCAGAGUGCGGCUACCGCUCUCUUUGCGAGCAGGUGAGCCACCACCCGCCCGCAGCGGCCCACCACGCCUUCUCCGAGAAAGGCUGGACGCUCCGACAGGAAAUCACCUUAGCCAGCAAGUUCCGAGGAAAAUAUUUGUCCAUCAUCCCCUUAGGCUCUAUCCAGUGCAUCUUUGCCAAGAGCGGCAACCAUUACUCUUGGAAGAAAGUGACCACCACCGUGCACAAUAUUAUCGUGGGCAAGUUAUGGAUCGAUCAGUCAGGGGAGAUCGAUGUGGUCAACCACAAGACGGGCGAUCGCUGCCACUUGAAGUUCACUCCCUACAGUUACUUCUCCAGAGAUGUGCCAAGAAAGGUGACGGGCGUGGUGACGGACAAAGACGGCAAGGCGCAUUACGUGCUGUCGGGCACGUGGGAUGAGAAGAUGGAGUUCUCCAGGAUCAUGCAGAGCAGCAAGAGCGAAAACGGCGCCGAGGGCAAGCAGAGAACCGUCUACCAGACUCUCAAAGCCAAGGAGAUAUGGAGGAAGAACCCUCUGCCAGAGGGAGCAGAGAGCAUGCACUUCUUCUCCACGCUGGCGCUGACGCUCAACGAACCCGAGGAAGACGUGGCGCCCACCGACAGCCGGCGGCGGCCCGACCAGCGUCUCAUGGAAGAGGGUCGCUGGGACGAGGCCAACGCCGAGAAGCAGAGGCUGGAGGAGAAGCAGCGGACGGCUCGUCGGGAAAGAGAGCGGGAGGUCGUCAAGGCGGCCAACACGCCAGACGAAGCUUCCUCUCAGGAUUCAAACAGUGACUCGCCUUUGAAAACCGAAGCGGAUGAGAUCGGAACGGAAGCCAGUGAGAUUUCGGACGAAACCGUCCAUCCAGACAGCUACCAAUCGCUGUGGUUCGAGAAGGUCGACGACCCCACGUCGGGAGAGACCAUGCACGUCUACAAGGGCGGCUACUGGGAGACCAAGGACGGGGGCGGCGGCUGGGACGUUUGCCCCGACAUCUUCUGACCAUAGGCUCUGGUGGAAAAGGUUACAUUAAAAAAACGAAAGAAUUAAAUCAGAAUUUUGUUCAAAUUUACAAUAUUCGGUGGCUCAUUUUCAAUUCAAACAUUGUAAGUCAAACAAAGAUAAAAUACUUGAGGCUGCAAACAAUUUUUUUCUUCUGCACUUUGUACAAUUUUUGCUUCCCUACAGACUGAAGGACUGCAGUGGAUGAGAUCAUUCCUUGGUUUCCACUUUUAAAGUGUGCUUAACUUCUGUCAUCAAAUACUGAGUGACAUUUUUACAUGCUGUAGUAUAUCUUUCUCUCCCCCCCCCCUCGCAAACUGUGGUGCCUUGACAUACGAGUUUGAUAUAUUCCACAUCAAUACUCGUAACUCACAUACAGCCAUGUAGACACAAGCAAAAAAAAAAGUACUACAAUUGUAAGAUGCUGUAAUAUUAGUCCUUUCUCAUAAAGGACUCAUGAGUGUUGUUAUAUUAUCUGUCUACAUGUGUUGUUGGAAAAAAAACGUGACUUUUGUUGCUAACAGUUAGCAUGUCAAUGACAUUUUCCAUUAUAUGUUAGCAUUAGUGUCGCGGGACGUUACUGAGGCGGUUAAUUUAUAGACACUGUUAUUCUCUUGUUUUAUGUUUCGUGUAGACUUCAAGUGGGCGUGGCGUCAAAGAACUUUAAUCCUUGCGUGAGGAAUUGUUGGUUGUUUGCUAAAGGGCUGCUUUGUUUGAGUUGAGUCACCUGCCACUCGUAUCUCAAGGUGUCACUGCCCCUUUCUCCCAAGCUUCAUGGUUCACAAUCAUGUUCGGAAUCUGGGUUUGUAAUUUUGUCUGUUACUUCUGCACCAAAAAUGUACAUGAGUGUAUGUAAAGACAAGUUUAGCAGAAUACAUUGUUCCUGGUGGUUUUAAGAUAUCGGUGAUCUGCACUCCAUUUCGGUUUUUGAGAACAUUCAGAGCUUUAUUGUUGUGUUAUUUUACAGGGU